CCUUGUCAAAUAGGUGUUAUGGACUUUGAAAGCUAAGGAAACGUCAGGUAACAGAGAGAAGAAAAAGAAAUGGCAGAGAGUGCUGUGAACUUCUUAAUACAAUACUUUGGGCCUUUGCUAGUGAAUGAAGUGCAGUCGUUGAAGGGGGUCCGCGGAGAAGUCCGUGAACUCAUAAAUGAGUUUGAAAGCAUCAGAUCCGUCUUAAGGGAUGCCGAUGCAAGACAAGAUACCGAUGAAGGCCUCAAGACAUGGGUGAAACAAAUAAGAGAAGUGGCUUAUGACGUUGAGGAUGUUCUCGAUGAGUUCAUGCUCAGCCAAGCACAACAGCAGCAGGGUGCUUGGGGAUGCAUCAAUUUUCUUCAUAUACUCAUCAAGCAGUUUAUGGUGCGCCAUAAGACUGCAUCAUCGAUACGAGAUAUCAAAACCCGAGUCAGUAAGAUUAAAGAAAGAAAAGAUGCUUACUCUCUGUAUAGUAUAGCGCAAACUUCAAGCUCCAAAAAAAUGAGUGAUCAAUGGUAUGAUCCGCGACUGAAAGCUCUUUUCAUUGAGGAAGCUGAUCUUGUGGGCAUCGAUGUGCCAAGGAGUCAAUUGAUUGAAUGGUUGGUCGAUGAAGAUUCAAGACUUUCGACGAUUUCAGUGGUCGGGAUGGGUGGCCUUGGCAAGACCACUCUGGUGAAGAAAGUCUAUGAUAACCAACAGGUGAAGAAAUGUUUUGAGACAUACGCUUGGAUCACUGUCUCACAAUCGUUCAAAGCGGAGGAACUGCUUCGAACCAUGGUAAAGCAAUUCUUUAAGGAGAAGAAAGAUCCAUCUCCCCAAGGUUUAGACGUGAUGACACAGGUCGAGCUCAUACAAGUGCUACGGAGCUACUUGCAGAACAAAAGGUAUGUACUUGUUCUUGAUGAUGUGUGGGAGGCAGACGUAUGGAAUUUCAUAGGCAAUGCAUUGCCCAAUAACGAAAAUGGUAGCAGGGUAAUGAUCACUACACGCAAAGGUGAUGUCGCAUCAUCUUCUUGCAUCGGACCCUCUGAUCUCAUCUACAAUCUCCAACCUCUGCAUCCAACAGAGGCUUGGUCCCUCUUUUGCAAGAAGGCAUUCCACUCGCACAAUGAGAAUAGAUGCCCUCCUGGAUUGGAGAAGCUUUCAGAAAGCUUUGUAGAUAAAUGCGGAGGAUUACCGCUUGCACUACAAGAAAACUAG